AUGGAACUUUGUCACGAGGAAAAUCUCACUGACUUCCUGAAAAAUAGAGCGAAAAUACGCGUCCAAUUCGACGACAGCCUGGCCAUAUCGUUUGCGCAGCAAUUGUUUUGCGGUUUGCAAUUUAUCCAUCGAAACGGCGUCAUCCACCGCGAUCUGAAGCCUGAUAACAUCUUGAUGUCGCUUGAUAAAAAUGCCCUUAAAAUAUCCGAUUUCGGGCUGUCGAAGAAGCUCUGCAAAGGUCAUUCUUUCACUGCCCAAAGUAUCAUGCGUGCUGGUACUGAUGGCUACAGAGCUCCGGAAAUCUAUAACGACGAUGUGAUUUCAAAAAAAUCCGAUAUAUAUUCGAUGGGUCUCGUGAUAUACGCGGUAUGGAGCAAUGGCAAACAUCCAUUUGGUGAAGAUCCAGAUGGAUGGAACAUGAACAUCAAGAAGAACCAAAAUCGUGAUCUCAGCCAUCUGCUCCUCAGCGACAAAACCAGAGCAAUUAAUUUGCUUGAGAAGAUGUUGCAGUUUAGGCCGAAAAAUCGACCAACGGCUGACAAUCUUCUGGUCCAUGAAAUAUUUCGAAGAUUGGUGAAAGGUGAUUGA